AUGAUCAUAUCCUCGUCCGCUCUUCCGCUUUCAAAUGGACGCUUUCGACUGCCUGACCUGCAAGAUGCGGUAGUGCCACCACCGUUAGCUGAGGCCCCCUCGAGCUCAAGCCGCGCGGGUGCCUGUUGGUCAACAGUGUGGGACGAUGGCCGCGUUCCGAGUCAAGAUCUCCUAAGUCUCGGUUCCGAAAGCGCAAGCGCAGCAAUUUUCGCCGUUCGCGGCGAUCAAGGUCGCGUUCUGAGCCACUUUCGCGAGAUGAUACCAAGUAAAAUUGAUAAAGGACAAGAUGAAACGAUUGAGGCCGAAAACGAAGAGCUGAAGGCAGCCGAAAUUCGCAAUCAGUUGGAUCGUGAAAGCUUGAUGGAGCAGAACCAAGCUCAGGAGUUCAAGUUAUGCAGCGAAAAGGAUCAGCUAGAGGAAGACGUGCGUCGCGGUCAAGAGGAGUACCAACGCAUGAAUAUGGAGCUCAAGUGGUUUCGUGAUCGGCACCGUUCGACGGCAAUUGAGACCGAAGGCAGCUACAAAUACUACAGGCGGAGCUAUAAUGACCAAGACUAUCCUCCGCUUCAGAUCUAUGAGCUCAACGACAAGUUCAGGGCAUUGCAGCGGCAGAAUACUGAAAUGGCAUUGCAAUCGAAGUCGCGCGCCAUGUCCUGA